GGUUGACGAGGAUUUGCUUAAUCCGUUCCAUGGUGUACAACUAAUACUAAUCUUGCGGUUUGGUGCGUUUGCAUCUUCAGCUAGAUUUACUUGGCACUCCCAGACAUCCCCAGUAUCCACGGUAGUACCUCUCAGCGUACGUCGUUGAGAUUUCGGGGCCCCAAUGUAAACUGACACUCUGUUGACAAUAAUUUACCAACAACUUAAAUUUAAGUACGUUUGAUCUACAAUUAUUGUGAGUGAGGUGUGGUGCCUGUUCGAAGCAGAUGAUGAGAAUCCGACUAUUGAGUAUCCAAACGACUCCUGAUCUAAGUGCUGGAAUCUUUACAAAUUUUUCGCACGAGCCUACGUGGAGGUGGUAUUUUGCAAUUACUCCUUUCGAAGCAUUCUUUUUGGGAAUUAUCCUCACUCAGUUUGCAGUUCUAAACUUAUUGGGAAUUUUUCCAUUGAACCUGACUGCUCUGGUUGGGGGUAUGCCAAAUGGACGAAAGAAACGCGACACUUUUCAUGUAUCACAGCGGAAACGAGAUAUUGCAAGUCAACUCUUGAAGCUCAUGAAAAAACUGGAUCAGGAUGAAUGUAGUUUCAAAGCAAUUUGCCAACUGGAAUCCUUCACAAAGUUUCCGUCUUUAAAUAAUGUUGUCAACCUGCCCCCAAGCAUCACAUCAGUUCUUACUGGAUUGAAACAAGUUACAAAGAAACGAGAAAGGGGGGAAUUAUUGUUCACAUCUGAAACUGGAGACCUUGCAGAUUUCGAGAGUUUGCAAAAUUUAGAGCUUCCAGGCAUCGACAAAAGCGAUGACGAUGUGAUUGCUCUGUACGAAACUGCGGUUAGAAUUGGGGGCAGCAGCGAGUUGGGCGUUGAAGGAGGAAUGUUGAAUGCUACCUCUCCUUGUGAAAAACGCUAUCAUCGAUGUCCUAUUACUGGAGACGACACUUUGGGAUACGUGUCAAUGAUGAAUAAUAUUGACGAUCUUUUGGAAUUUUAUUAGAAUUAUAUUCUGACUAAAGUUAAUUUGAGACAUAAUAGUUAUUUGUGAAUAUAAUUUACAAUUUGUAAAAUGUAUGUAAC